CACAUCUCUUAUUCAUUCAUUAUCUCUAAUCUGCUUUAAUUGAUCAGUAGCACAUUUAUUUGUCUCUGUUUUUGUUGUUGGCUGGAUUGAACAGAUGAGUGACAUGAGACAUGAGUGAUGCAUAUCAUCAGAUGUCAAUCAACACCAUUUAUGAAGCAAACACCAAAGACUCUAAAAAUGUGGAUUAUCACCUGUCUUUUGUUCACUUUGGUUCUAGCAAUGGAGAAUGACAGAAACUUUAAGAUGUGUGGAACAUGGCGCCAUGGCAACGCACACCAAAAUCUGAGUUAUAAUUUGAAAACAGGCUGUGAGAGCAUUGAGAUUUCGGCCAAUGAGAGUACGCUCUCAAUUCAGGGCAGAAUCACAGCCAAGUGCACAAAAUCUUCAUCCGUUCUUCUACAAUCGAACCCUCUUCAAAAUCAAAGUCAGUUCUGUGUGUUCUGGGAGCCGCUGCUGGAUCUGCUGAUAGUGGAGGUGAAUGGAAAGAAUUACACUCUUUGUGAAUCACUUGGCCUUCAAGGAACGUGCUGCACUGACCUCUCACAAUCCAGUCAAGAAACUCCUGGUGUUUAUGGUAUUGUGAAUGGCAGCAUCCACGGUGAUAUCAUCAGAUAUGAUGUCAGAGAAAAAUACAUAUUUCGAGGAGAUACAAUCAACUGCAAGGAGAAAUUCUGUGAUGUGGCAAGUCAGAAGCCCAGUGGAGCAAACAUGAUAGAGGAAGUAGUGAUGAAAUCCAAGAAAAUAGGUCGUGUGGAACUACCUUGCGCUCAGAGCACCACCAUUGAAAUCAAGGAGGGUUUCACAGGACUCAAUUUCACUCUGCCAGUCUCUCGAACUGUAUCACCAAACAUGAUACCCUCCAUUUAUCUUCCCUCCUCAUUGAAAUCUAAAUCAAGGAGCACAUCCAAAGUGGUGUGUACUUACUACACGGACAACACAUUAUUUCAGAGGGCAUCGUCUGAUGCAGUUGUUCUGGAUGGCAUAGUUGGACUCUCUGUGGAGAACGAGAUCAUCAAAAACCUCCCAGAACCAGUCCGAAUCAGGUUUCAUCACUCCGCUCUCCCAACUAACUAUUCAAGAAGAUGUGUUUCAUGGGACAUAAGAAAAGAUAAUGAAGUGAACUGGAGAUAUGAUGACUGUGAGACUGUUAAAAUCCAUGACACAGAGACAGAAUGCUGCUGUUAUCGCCUCACAUACUUCGCCAUUCUUGCGCAAGUGGAACAGAAGGCAACAGCUCGCCAUCUAAAGGCCCUUACGUUCAUUACCGCUGUGGGCUGUGCCGUGUCCUUAGUGAGCUGUUUGGUUCUCUUCUAUUGGCUCUGUAAACGCAGAAAAGAGAGAGACCAGUCCUUACUGGUGCGUCGUGGUCUGGUGCUGGCAACGAUUCUUCUUUGCCUGUGCUUCAGUCUCACCGGCGCACUGGGAAACGCCGGCAAUGAGACCGUUUGUAGGAUAACGGGAACGCUUUUGCAUUAUUCUUUGCUCAGCACCCUCUGCUGGAUGACUGUGGAAAUGUUUCACACGUUCUUUGUAGUCGUCUCCGUAUCAAGCUCAAAUCUUCCUUCAUGGGUCUUUUAUUUGGCAGGCUUUGGUAUCCCAGCUUUAGUAGUUUGUAGAUUGCUUUCUAUAGGUGAUAUUUAUGGCUUAAGGAAGACGCCAAGUGAAGGUGUUGCCAGUCAAUAUUUUAUGUGCUGGAUUUUGGAUUCUGACAAGAUCAGAUUGGCUCAUUACAUCGUUAUUAUUGGCUUAACGGCAGUUGUGGUGAGCUCUGGUGCAGUUAUGCUUUUAUUUGUGGCUACAAAGAUACGUAACCAACUUGAGUGGAGGAAGAACCGCAUGGCUUUUUUUAGUAUCUGGGGUCUCACUUGUCUGUCUGGCACAUCGUGGGGCCUAUGUCUUUUCAACUUUGGCUCUUUCUCAGAGGCCGUGUUCUUCCUCUUCUGCACGAUCAAUUCCUGUCUUGGAGCUUUUCAUGUGCUGCGAUACUAUGUCCUUGAACAGAUGAAAAAGAGAUGUGAAUUGAAUUCAGAUGGGGACAGAAGAGGAUCUGUUAUGUUACAGUGUACAGAUGAUGAAAGUAUUUUAUAAGUGAGUGUUUUUUUAAAAGGACAUAAUAAAUUAAAAGAAUAGGUCACCCAAAAAUAAAAAUGACCCCAUAAAUAACUCAUAACGCAUAACCAAGCUUGGAAGAGCCAUGAUAACUUUUUAGGACAUUUUGACUGUUUGUCAGAAAGAAGAAAGUCAUAUACACCUAGUAUGGCUUCGGGGUGAGUAAAAUAUGGGGUAAUUGUCAAUUUUUGGGUGAACUAUUCCUUUAACUAUUCCUUAAAGUUUGGCGUACUGCUCGGUCUGCUCUCCUGUAGUUCAUAAUAUUGAACUAUAUAUAAUCAUAGCUCUGUUUAAAGAAUCAAACACAAAUGUUUUACGUUAUAUGCUGUAUUUCUUUAUUUUUUUCUUUGUAUGAAUGUAAUAGUUUAACAUUAUGAAGUAAACCUUGUUUUUUUGCUGUAUGCAAUAUAUUUGUAUAUAUAAAAUACAACUUAUGCUUAAUCGUGUUUCCAUCCAUUUAACAAAUAAUUAUGACUGUGGUCUAUAGGCCUACAUGUUCAUUCUGUUGAUUUGUUUAAACAAAUAUAUCUGAAUAUUCCAUUGA